AUGGCAGGGGAUAUUGUGGUGGGGAUGCUCUAUAACUUAGUUCUACCUCUUCUUCUGCUUGCAGGAAAAACAGGGACGUUCCUGCUGCUCAUCUGUUCUACCAGCGUGACGUUUCUGGCUCUCCAGUGUUUCAUGCAGAUCACUUUUGCCUACGUACCUCAGUAUGAGAACGAAUAUUGGGAAAAUGUUCUCUACCAUCUGGGCAUUGUACGGUUCAGUUUGGUGGAUGCAGGGGACAUUUUGCGUCUCUUAGCCCCUGAUCUGGGUCUCUUCCUGUCUGGGCUCUUCAUACUCUGCCUGGUCAGGAAGCUGCUACGCCCCGCGCCCCAACUUAAUGUCCACGAGAACUGUAUCAAACCCUCUGACCCUGAGAAUGUGGAGAUGUCCGACUCAGAGUCUGAAGAUGGGAGUGAUGUCACAGAUGGCUCAUCCUAUGACAGCUCAGAUGAAAUCACAGCGGCGCCAGCAACCCCUCCUCAGUUUGUCCAGAAGUUCAUUGCAUUUGCCCUUGGACUGCGCCUCUUGCUGUCUGCCAUCAUGAACACAGCAGGGAAAGUAGUGGUCACCAUACUACUGGGGCUAGCAGGCAUUGCCAUGCCCUCCCUGACCUCGGCGGUGUAUUUCGGGACGUUCCUGGGCCUGGUGUGGUGGUGGGUGUUACUCCGCUCCCUCAGUUUGCUGUUCUUCAGUACCCUCUGUGUGAUGAUGGCUAUAUUCAGCGCCGGUCACCUGCUGAGCCUCUACCUGUACCAGCUGCCCCUGGCCCAACAGAUCGUACCUCCACAGGACAUCUACGCCAGGCUGUUUGGUAUGACAGCGUUCAUCUGGACCAAUGAGACGGAGCCAUACAGUCUGGGUCUGCAGGCAGAUGUCAGCUGGCCUGUCUUCACCAACCCCAUUGUGCUGCUGCUCCUCUAUUACACAAUGGUGGCUCUGCUGCACAAGUGGGUCUACAUCACUGAAGAAGAGCUACUGACCAGUACGGAUGAUGAAAUUUAUAUGCCAGAUGAGGAGAUGCAGGAGAGGAGGAGUGAGGUGUCUAUGAGGGAGAGGAAGAGUGAGGUGUCUAUGAACGAGGAGAGGAGUGAGGUGUCUAUGAACGAGGGGAGGAGUGAGGUGUCUAUGAGGGAGGGGAGGAGUGAGGUGUCUAUGAACGAGGAGAGGAGUGAGGUGUCUAUGAACGAGGAGAGGAGUGAGGUGUCUAUGAACGAGGAGAGGAGUGAGGUGUCUAUGAACGAGGGGAGGAGUGAGGUGUCUAUGAACGAGGAGAGGAGUGAGGUGUCUAUGAGCGAGGAAGAUAAUGUGCCCACCCCUCCUGGCCCCAGUGGACUGGCUUUGUUUGGCCUGUUCAUCAUGAAGCACAGCUAUGUCAGCGCACUCAUCAUCAUGAUGGUGUGGAGCAUCACCUAUAACAGCUGGCUGACGUUCGCCCUGCUGGUGUGGUCGUGUGUGAUCUGGAUGAUGCGUGACCGUCGGCGCUACGCCAUGAUGAGCGCUCCCUUCCUGGCGGUGUACGGCACCUUGCUGUUGCUGCUCGCCUUCCUAAGCGGCCUGAGGCUGCGGCAGGACGAGCUGUACCCUGGCCUGCCACAUGCCGUGCUGGUGGACUUUGACAUGGCCACGUACCCAGCACCCUGCAUCCACCUGGGAGGCAAGGUGUUCUACGCCUUCAGCUUCUGGCUACUGUUCCGCCAACAACUGAAGGAGAAACAGGAAGAGCAGGAUCUCAAGGAGUCUGACGAGUCUCUGGAUGAAGUGAAAGUACUCCCACCGGAUGAAGGUGAAACCUCCCCCAUAAUGGAGAUGCUGGGUUCAGCGGUCAAAGGAACCCUGGUGAAGUACUGGAUCCUGUUCUGCUGCUACAUGUUCUUUGUGGUCAGCUUCUCUGGGAAGGUGAUGGUCUACAAGAUCCUCUACAUCGUGCUGUUCCUCUUCUGUGUUGCCCUCUACCAGAUCCGUUGUGACGUGUGGAGGCGAGUACUGAAGUACUUCUGGGCGGUGGUGGUAGGCUACUCCAUGAUGGUCCUGAUUGCCAUCUACAUGUACCAGUUCAAGACCGUCUCUGGCCUCUUCAGGCAGAUCAUGGGCAUGUCUGAGGAAGGUCUGCGUGAUCUCGGGUUGGAGCAGUAUGAUACUGUGGAGCUGUUUGCUCGGAUCCUCCUCCCUGCAGCCUUCCUAUUGGCCUGCAUCCUGCAGCUUCACUACUUCAACCAGGACUUCCUGGAUCUCACCAACCUGGACAACGUACCUGUCCACCACGGACAAACCAGAGAGGAAGAGCUGAGGAACUCAGUCAAUGUGAUAGCUGACAUGAUGGCGAAGGAGCAGAGUGAGCAGAUGAGUGGGGAGUCAGAACGUGUGGAGAGUCAGGACACCUUGGACAGUGAUGGACUGUCUGCCUCAUCAGAGAAACCAGAGGAGGAGCAGAAGGGAACAGGUCCCCCAGAGGAGUAUCUGACCCAAUGGGGGUUGAUAGUGGACCGGGCCAGCCUGCUGCUGUUCCAGACUCUGGUUGCCUUCCAGCGGGCUCAGGAGAUGGGCUGGAGGCUGCUGGAGGUUCACAGCCUCAAGAUUGUUUCCACCGGCAUCAUCUGGGUGUCCCUACAAGAGGUGUCCCUGAUGAACUUCCUGUUCCUGGUUCUGUGGACCUUCGCCCUGCCCUUCCCCCGGCUCCGUCCCAUCGCCUCCAGUGUGUCCUCAGUCUGGGCCUGUGUCAUGGUGGUGUGUAAGAUGCUGUACCAGCUCAAGGUCAUCAAACCUCUGGAGUACUCCUCCAACUGCACUGCUAGCCUGGUGUCAGCUAACGGGACAGGGCUGGAGCUGGAGGGGAACAUGGCAGAGCUGCUGAGGAGGUCUGUGCUGUAUGUGAAGCCUGUUGACCCAGCCACAUGGUGUGGAGCGCUGCGCAAGUGUGAAGACAGGAUCCUGCCCUGUCUCAGGAACCACCUGAUGGUGCUGGGGCUGCUGGUGUUUGAGGUGACGGUCCAUAGACACCAGCUCUACUAUCGCCUCCGCAACAACCUCAAGGUCCCCACCUUCAGCAUCAUCUUCCAGGGCAUCACACGCCAGCACCUGGACCACGGCAUCCUGCCCUGCAUCAAAUACUUCAUCAACUACUUCUUCUACAAGUUUGGCCUGGAGGUGUGCUUUGUGGUGGCGGUGAAUGUGAUUGGCCAGCGGAUGGAUUUCUACGCGCUUCUGCACUCCUGUGCUCUGAUGGCCGUUCUGUCACGACGACGCAGGAAAGCCAUGGGGGAGGUGUGGCCUAAGUACUGCUGCUUCACUGCAAGCCUCAUAGUGCUGCAGUACCUACUCUGUAUCGGCAUCCCUCCCGCUCUCUGUGUUGAUUAUCCAUGGAGGACCUCCAGUCAGGCUUUGACCUCCAACCUCAUCAAGUGGCUUUACUUGCCGGACUUUGCCAUGCGUCCCGCCCCUUUCUUCAUCCUCUAUGACCACCUCCUGCUGCUGUGCUCCACGCUGCAGUGGCAGGUGUUUGAGGAGGAGAACCGUGCCGCCGUGCGCCUCAUGGCAGGGGAGAACGUGGAGAUCAGCCGCAGCCUGGACCCGCGCUCCUUCAACCAAUACAUUCCCGUCAACAACUUCCUCCACUGCAGGUCCUACCUGGACAUCGCCAAGGUUUUUGUGUUCAGCUACUUCUUCUGGCUAGUGUUGUGCCUCAUCUUCAUCACGGGCACCACCCGCAUCAACAUCUUCUGCCUGGGCUACCUUGUAGCCUGCUUCUACUUCAUGCUGUUCGGGGGCAGCCUGCUCAUGCAGCCCGUACGAAACAUCCUCAGGCUCUGGGACUGCCUCAUCGGAUACACUUGCUUCGUCAUCGGCAUGAAGAACCUGCUAUCUCUUGGCUCAUGUGCUUAUCUGGACAGCCUGUUGAAGAAUGGCUGCUGGCUCAUUCAGGCCUUCAGCAUGGUCUGUACAAUCGAAGGCUAUGAUGUCUCUGCUCCUGAUGAUGAGUGUGAGCUGCCGGAGGGGGAGGCGGGCAUUGUGUGGGAUGCGAUCUGCUUCACCGUGCUCCUGGCUCAGAGAAGGGUUUUCCUCAGCUACUACUUCCUGUAUGUGGUGUCUGACCUCAGGGCCUCCAAGAUCCUGGCCUCCAGGGGUGCUGAGCUCUUUGAAGCCAAAGUGAAGAAACUGGUUGCUGCCAGACUGGAGAUGGAGAGGAAGUCUGUGGAGACGCUGAAGAAGCAGAUGGAGAAGAUCAAAUCCAAACAUAAGAGUAAGCCUGGCCAGGGAGACGCAGCAGCGCCCCCUAUUGAUAUAGUGCCAAAAGUUGAGAACAACUGUGGCUACCAUCUUUUUGAGAGUGACAGUGAAGAGGAAGAGGAGGAAGUCCAGGAAAAUAAACAGGAAGAGGCUCCACCAAAGAAGAAAUCUGCUUUUCAGUUAGCCUAUGAGGCAUGGGUCACAAGCUCCAAAGCAGCCCUGAAUCUGCACAAAAAAGAAGAGAACAAGAUGAAAAAAGAGGAGAAGAGGAGGGCAAAGAGAGAGCUGCAGAGACAGCAAGGCAUUGAGAGGGCCGAGUCUCAUCAGGACGAGUUGGAGGUGGAAGAGAGAGAUGAAGAGGAGGAGAAAGAAAACACAUUUCAGAGGAUCAUCGACACACUCAAAUUUUUAUGGGUGUUUAUCCUGUCCCUUUUGGAUGACGUCACUGAGGGCCUUAACUCGUUCUGCAAAGAUAACCAGGACAUCUCCAAAGUGCUGCGCUUUGAGAGGGCUCUUCUAGGCCAGCAACAGAAAAAGGGGAAAGAGGUGUCACAGGAGAGUGUGAAGCGCUUCUAUGAGAACUGGAUGUCUAGGCAGAACACUCUGGCCUCACUGGAAGACCAAGAUGACAUAGUUCUCCCCGUCUCCUCCCCACCACCUGUACCCUCAUCACCGCGAGGUUACUCAAAGCUCAAACACGCCCACUCCAAAAUCUCCUGGGGCAGCAGCUUGUCCAGCUGCAUGACGGAUGAGACCCUGCUUGGGUCUCGAGAGCCCACUCUGGAUGAGCUGGAUGUCCCUCCUGUACUCCAGCCAGCUGCCGAGCAACUCAGACGGAAACUACUGAAAACUGCCAACCUGGACCUUGGCUCAUUUGACAGCGAAGACCCUCCACCAAGCAGCCAUGACGAUACUGUUCCUGAUAAGGAGGACAAUGAAGGAGAGGAUGCGUGUAAAAAGGAGGGGGAGUAUACAGUGGAGGUGGAGUAUAGAAUGGAGAAGAAGGAAUGGAGGGAGGAAGAAGAGGAGGAGAGGGAAAAAGCUGUGAUGUUUUCAGGAUUUAUCUCCCUGGACUAUCUGGAGUGUGAUGAGAAGAGCGAAGAUUUCCCAGACUCCCCCCGGCCUCUGAGUGAGACCAGGCACCUCACGGCCAGUGAGCUCCUGCUCAACAACAUGUUUGAUAACGAUGAAAUUGAAGAGUCUGAUAAGUUCUUCCAGUCUCUCCCGAGGCACCUGAGACUGGUGUUUGCCCUGUACAACACCAUGGUGUCGAAGUCGGAGAUGCUGUGCUACUUUGUGAUCAUCCUGAACCACAUGGUGUCUGCCUCCCUGCUCAGCCUGAUCCUGCCCAUCCUUAUCUUCCUCUGGGCCAUGCUGUCUGUGCCACGCCCAACCAAGCGCUUCUGGAUGACUGCCAUCAUCUACACAGAGCUGAUUGUGGUGGUCAAGUAUUUUUUCCAGUUUGGCUUUUUCCCCUGGACUACCUCGGCCUACCGAGGCAUCAAUGCAGAGCGGCCCUUUGCUCUGCCCAACAUCAUUGGGGUAGAGAAGAAAUAUGGCUAUGUUCUCUUUGACUUGAUACAAAUCCUGGCUCUGUUCUUCCAUCGAUCCAUUCUAAAGUGCCACGGUCUUUGGGAUAACAAAGAGGUGGAGAUGCCGGACUUCUUCAAGAAGUUGAAGAAGAAGACGGAGAAGAUGAAGAUGAGUGGAGGAGAAAAAGCAGGGGAUCAACUGAAGCGAAGACUACCCUGCCUCCCUCUCCAGGCCUCGACUGCAUCCUUGUUUUGCAGAUGUGGAAAUGCCAACUCCACUGAGAGAGAUAGUGAUAUGCAGCUCAAAAAGCGCCACUCCAAGAAGAAGAGGCACCACAAUAAAGUUCCCCUGACCAGGAAGGAGAGGAUUAAAAAGCUGAUCAGAGAAAGGAUGCUGGAGGCUAAAGCUGCUAUCAUAGAAGUUGCCCUGCACAUAUACCUACCCAUCAGGCAGUUCUUCUAUGACAUAAUUCACCCAGAGUACAGCCCAGUGUGUGACGUCUACGCUCUCAUGUUUCUGAUUGACGUGGUCAACUUCAUUGUCAUCAUAUUUGGAUACUGGGCUUUUGGGAAACACAGUGCUGCUGCUGACAUCACAGAUGCUCUUGGGGAGGACCAGGUCCCAUCGGCCUUCCUGGUCAUGCUGCUCAUCCAGUUUGGGACCAUGAUAGUGGACCGCGCUCUGUACCUCCGCAAAACCCUAAUGGGAAAAUGUGUCUUCCAAGUGGUGCUGGUGUUUGGUAUCCACUUUUGGAUGUUUUUCAUACUCCCUGGGGUGACUGAGAGGAGGUUCAACAUGAACCAGGUGGCACAGUUGUGGUACUUUGUGAAGUGCAUCUACUUUGGCCUCUCUGCUUACCAGAUCAAGUGUGGCUACCCAAAUAGUGUGCUGGGAAACUUCCUGACCAAGAACUACAACUACCUCAACCUAUUCCUUUUUCAAGGGUUCCGCCUAGUUCCGUUCCUCAUAGAGCUGCGUGCCGUGAUGGACUGGGUCUGGACCGACACCACCCUCAGCCUAGGCAGCUGGAUCUGUGUCGAGGACAUUUAUGCCAACAUCUUCAUACUCAAGUGCUGGAGGGAGUCGGAGAAGAGAUACCCACACACCCCAGGGCAGAAGAAGAAAAUGGUGGUGAAGUAUGGCAUGGGCGGAUUCAUCAUAUUCUUCCUCAUCAGCGUCAUCUGGUUCCCCCUCCUCUUCAUGUCAUUGGUCAAGUCAGUGGCUGGAGUGACCAAUCAGCCUCUAGAUGUCUCUAUUCAGCUCAGCAUAGCAGGAUAUGAGCCACUGUUCACAAUGAGUGCCCAGGAGCAGAACCUGGUGCCAUACUCAGUGGCAGGCCUCAACCGGCUCACCAACCUCUAUGCCACUCACCCUUCAGCCAUGCAGUUCCUUGGGAACUACAUGGCUGAGGACAUUGUCAUUGCAAAGAUCAAGAGUGAUGCCAGUCUGCUGUGGAGCAUCAGCCCUGCCAGCCGUGACGCUAUGAUCCAUGAACUCAGCAACUCCACCCAUAUCUACAUCACCCUGCGAUGGGUACUACUCAGGAAUGUAUCUCUGUCGAUGAACGUGGAGACCAUUGGGGAACACACUGUGAAGUAUGAGGACCGUGCCCUGAGGGACCAGAUAGUUCAGAUGCUCAAAGGGACACGCAGUGACUCUGUGAUCAUUGAGUCUCUCCUGCCCAAGUUCAUCAGAGGUCCCGGAGGACCUGAGUCCAAGAUGGCCACCCGUCUGAAAGUAGAACACUCGGAUCGGCCUGAGGACCUGCAGACUUUUGCCUUCUUCUGGCCCCUGUCCAUCAAACUACAGCGGGCAGAAGACAAUGGAAGUGCAGAGGGGGGUCAGUGGUGGAUAGUGGAGGAAUGCACUCCUGGACAGGGGCUCAUCCAGAGCAGCUGCCACAGCAUUGAGAUAGUGGUGUUCAAUGACAAAGUCAGCCCCGCCAGCCUGGAUGCUCUUGCAGGACAGGGAAUCGUGGGCCUGUACAUGUCAGUGGUGCUGGUCGUCGGGAAGUUUGUCAGGGAAUUCUUCAACGGGAUAUCCCGCUCCAUUAUGUUUGAGGAGCUGCCGUGUGUGGAUCGGGUGUUGAAGCUCUGCACGGACAUCUUUGUGGUGCGAGAGACUGGCGAGAUGGAGCUGGAGGAAACACUGUUUGAGAAGCUAAUCUUCCUGUAUCGCUCACCGGAGACCAUGAUCAAGAUGACUAGAGAGAAGAGCGACUAGCGAGCACGGUGACAUUUGUUAUGAAGAGGAUGAUUUGCUGAUAUAGGCCGUUGGUUCUUAUCUUAUCUGGGGUGUAUUCAUUACUCAGAUUCUGUUGCAAAAUGUUUGCAACAGAAACCAUUUACACCAAACGGAAAGUUUUGUAACGAAAACUAGAGUUUAUUGGACAAAAUCAGGUAGGUUCCUCCCUGUUUCGUUUACUGUUUAAGAACCAAACAGUUAACAUUGCAAGAUGUAAUGAAUACACCCCUGGAGUUGCACUUUUGAUUGUAUUCCUACUAUACAAUGUAUUAAUUUUUUCAAUGACUUUACAACAGAAGACCAUAAUCAAAAAUGUGUCCCUAAUGUUAAACAAUUUAAUUUAAGUUUAGUCGCAACAUUCUGAACAUUGUAGAUACAAAUGUCUUGUAUAAAGCUGACAGAAAUAUAUUAUGUAGAACAGACGUGUUUCGAUCUCAACAUUCUGUAACUUUACACACUGAACACGACCCUGUUUCGUUCCACUGAAAAGCUAAUCUAAAGUAUUAAUUCUCAUUUCACACUGGUCCAUGUACAGUAUUUAAUUCAAUUAAUAAAAUAUUUGAACUACAAUGCCAAGUUCAGAGCUUUUAGCUUACUUUUACAUAUGACCCCUGAAGUGUUAACUUUUUAAGAUCCACUCACGGUUCAUGUUGCCAGGUAAGGCAGGAAUUUAGCAAUCUAGCAGACAAUUAUUUUUAGAUAGGAGUUUUAUUUCAUUUUCUUAAUGACAAAUUAAAUAAAAAUCCAUUCUGUUAGGUCUUCCGUCUCUCGACAAAUCCUGAUGUAACCCUUGCGUUGUCAUCCAUCACAAAGACAUGUUGGCCCGGGACAGUGACAAAUCCUCUUGGCCCCGA